AUGCAGAAAUCGUGCAUACAGUUUUACCUGACAGAUAAACACCCAAGUCUCAGCGCCCCUGCCUAUCCUGCAUAUUACCUGACAGAUAAACCCCCAGGUGUUCGCUCCCCUGCCUAUCCUGCAUAUUACCUGGCAGAUAAACCCCCAAGUCUUGGCACGCCUGCCUAUCCUCCAUAUUACCUGACAGAUAAACCCCCAGGUGUCGGCGCCUCUGCCUAUCCUGCAUAUUACCUGACAGAUAAACCCUCAAGUCUCAGCGCCCCUGCCUAUCCUGCAUUUUACCUGACAGAUAAACCCCCAAGUCUCAGCGCCCCUGCCUUUCCUGCAUAUUACCUGACAGAUAAACCCCCAGGUCUCUGCGCCCCUGCCUAUCCUGCAUAUUACCUGACAGAUAAACCCUCAAGUCUCUGCGCCCCUGCCUAUCCUGCAUAUUACCUGACAGAUAAACCCUCAAGUCUCAGCGCCCCUGCCUAUCCUGCAUAUUACCUGACAGAUAAACCCCCAGGUGUCAGCACCUCUGCCUAUCCUGCAUAUUACCUGACAGAUAAACCCCCAAGUCUCAGCGCCCCUGCCUAUCCUGCAUAUUACCUGACAGAUAAACCCCCAGGUGUCAGCACCUCUGCCUAUCCUGCAUAUUACCUGACAGAUAAACCCUCAAGUCUCAGCGCCCCUGCCUAUCCUGCAUUUUACCUGACAGAUAAACCCCCAAGUCUCAGCGCCCCUGCCUAUCCUGCAUAUUACCUGACAGAUAAACCCCCAGGUCUCUGCGCCCCUGCCUAUCCUGCAUAUUACCUGACAGAUAAACCCCCAGGUGUCAGCACCUCUGCCUAUCCUGCAUAUUACCUGACAGAUAAACCCCCAGGUCUCAGCGCCCCUGCCUAUCCUGCAUAUUACCUGACAGAUAAACCCCCAGGUCUCUGCGCCCCUGCCUAUCCUGCAUAUUACCUGACAGAUAAACCCCCAGGUCUCUGCGCCCCUGCCUAUCCUGCAUAUUACCUGACAGAUAAACCCCCAAGUCUCAGCGCCCCUGCCUAUCCUGCAUAUUACCUGACAGAUAAACCCCCAGGUGUCAGCACCUCUGCCUAUCCUGCAUAUUACCUGACAGAUAAACCCUCAAGUCUCUGCGCCCGUGCCUAUCCUGCAUAUUACCUGACAGAUAACCCCCCAGGUCUCUGCGCCCCUGCCUAUCCUGCAUAUUACCUGACAGAUAAACCCCCAGGUCUCUGCGCCCCUGCCUAUCCUGCAUAUUACCUGACAGAUAAACCCCCAGGUCUCAGCGCCCCUGCCUAUCCUGCAUAUUACCUGACAGAUAAACCCUCAAGUCUCAGCGCCCCUGCCUAUCCUGCAUAUUACCUGACAGAUAAACCCCCAGGUCUCUGCGCCCCUGCCUAUCCUGCAUAUUACCUGACAGAUAAACCCCCAGGUGUCAGCACCUCUGCCUAUCCUGCAUAUUACCUGACAGAUAAACCCCCAGGUCUCAGCGCCCCUGCCUAUCCUGCAUAUUACCUGACAGAUAAACCCCCAGGUCUCUGCGCCCCUGCCUAUCCUGCAUAUUACCUGACAGAUAAACCCCCAGGUCUCUGCGCCCCUGCCUAUCCUGCAUAUUACCUGACAGAUAAACCCCCAGGUCUCAGCGCCCCUGCCUAUCCUGCAUAUUACCUGACAGAUAAACCCUCAAGUCUCAGCGCCCCUGCCUAUCCUGCAUAUUACCUGACAGAUAAACCCCCAGGUCUCUGCGCCCCUGCCUAUCCUGCAUUUUACCUGACAGAUAAACCCUCAAGUCUCUGCGCCCCUGCCUAUCCUGCAUAUUACCUGACAGAUAAACCCCCAGGUGUUGGCGCCCCUGCCUAUCCUGCAUUUUACCUGACAGAGAAACCCCCAGGUCUCAGCGCCCCUGCCCCUGCCUAUCCUCCAUAG